AUGGCAGAUACUAAUUCUGCCGAGAAGGGCAUGCAUGUCCACGACUCACCACCAGUAUCACCAGCAGGUUCGACGACCGAGCAUGGCUUUGAUCGCGCUGCUGAGCGGCGGCUGCUUCGCAAGCUUGACCUUCGCAUCUUGCCAGUACUAUGGAUACUGUACCUAGUUAACUUUAUCGACCGAGCCAACAUCGGUAACGCGAAGAUUCAGGGCAUGGAGACAGAACUGAACCUCAUCGGCCAGCGAUUCAACAUUGCCGUUUGGGUUUUCAACCUCGGGUACUUGGUAGCUGGCGUUCCGUUACAAAUCGCCUUCAAGAAGUACGGACCAAAGAGUCUGUGCGUCAUGAUGUUUUGCUGGGGUAUCACAGUCAUCGGUUGCGGACUGGUCAAACGAUGGGAAGAACUCGUCGUAUGUCGCCUACUAGAAGGCAUCGCCGAAUCUGCGUACAUCAGUGGGGCCGCAUAUUUGAUCGGCGCGUACUAUUCCAAGCGUGAAUACUUGACGCGCUACGUUUUCUUCUGCACAGCUGGUAUCGUUGCUGGCGCAAUCAACGGGUUUCUAUCAUCGCUCAUCGCCAAGAUGGACGGCACGGCUGGCUAUUCUGCUUGGAGGUGGAUCUUCAUCAUUGAGGGCUGCAUUACUAUCUUCGUCAGCAUGGCUUGCUGGCCUGUCGUUCCUCCAUUCCCCGAGAAUUGCAAGUUCUUGUCUCCCGAAGACAAAGCGCUUAUGCUCGCGCGCAUUCAGGCUGAUGGAGGCCAUGUAUCCGACGAUGAGAUCUCCUUCAAGAAGGCCUUGCACUUCCUCAAAGAUUGGAAGAUCUGGGCUGGAGUCGCAAUGAACCUCGGUGUCACGGAGAAUGCAAACUCACUUUCGAACUUCCAACCGACGAUCCUCAAAGGGCUGGGCUACACCGCAACGCAAGCACAGGUUCACACCAUUCCUGUAUAUCUCGUCGGCGCUGCCUUUUCGGUCAUCUUUGCUUACAUGUCCGAGUGGUUCAAUCGGCGAUAUAUGUUCUACGUCCUGGGCUGGGCCGUUCUCGCAUUGGGUCUCAUCGUGGAGAUUGUAUAUCCUUCCAACCCCAAAGUGCGCUACACGGGAAUGUUCUUCAUCGCAUGCGGGUGUUACCUCGCUAUGCCCAUCUCCAUCAUUUGGGUGUCAAUGAAUUGUGGAAGUGGGUACAAGCGCGCAGUUGCCAUCGCCGCCAUCAUCAACUUCGGCACCGCUGGAGCAUUUGUUAGUUCAAACGUCUUCUUGUUCAAGGAGGCGCCCCGGUUCCGCACCGGUUUCAGUACGGGUCUGGGUUUAGCCUGCAUGGGAGCCGUGGCCGCAACUAUUACUUGGUUUGGCUGCCGGAGGGAAAACAAGAAGCGUGACAAAGCAAGGCUUCAGAUGCCAGAAGUCCUCGACCAAAGCAUGGAGUUAGGUGAUGAGUAA